AUGUUCAAAUACAAGGAGCUGCUACUGUCGCGAAGGAUAUUCGAAAAUCCCAUCCUUCAUCUGCAUCUGCGUUGCUUUCGCUUAUACGGCUAUGUGGCGUCCAAGGAUCAGUCCAGGCCCUGGCUAUCGCUGGGGCGCUGCAUCUUCUUCACGGGCUCUGUUUGGUUGAGCUGUGUUCUGAUGCUGACACGCGUCUUUCAAGGCUACGAUUCACUCAAGGAUGGAGUCUUGUGCUUGGCCGCGGCCGUGCUCUACUUUUCCAUGUCAGCUAUUACCCUGAAUGCACUCGUCCAGAGAAAGCGCGUCAUGGGCAUGUUACGUUUGAUCGAUGAGGGGAUGCAGAAGCUGAUGAACGAGGCGGAUGAUCAGGAGUUGGAAGUUGUGCUUUCCAAUGAGAAAUACGUUUGGGCAAUGACUUGGAGUCUAUGGCUGCCAUAA